AUGGUUAAUGACAAGAUGGAUUCCAAAAAUCUGGCAAUAUUUGUAAUACUCAUCCUUCAAUGUUCAGUGGGAAUUCUGAAAAAUAUCUGUCUUCUAUCUUACUACUUAAUGCUUCAUUAUAAUAAACACACAUUAAAACGAAUUGAUUUGAUUUUCAUGAACAUGUUCAUAGCCAACUUCUUCAUCAUUUUCUCUAGAAUUGUGCUACAGACAAUGCAAACUUUUGGGAUGGAACUGUUCUUCAAUGUAUUUGUUUGCAAAUUCCCUAUGUAUACUGAAAGAGUUGGCAGAAGUGUUUCCAUUGGUACCAUCUGUCUCUUGAGUGUCUUCCAGGCCAUCACCAUCAGUCCCAGUGACUCGUGCCUUAAUGGCCUUAAAGUAAAAGUUCCAAAGUACAUCAACCUUUCUAUUUUCCUAUGCUGGGUCCUGUUUUUGGGGUUAAAUAUGAUUUCACCAAUGUAUGUAUAUAUUAAGUGGAACAGCAAUAAUGUAACAUAUAAAAGAACUUCAAAUUACUGCUUUAGUUUAGGUCAUGAUGAAUUUACAGGCCCAAUGAUUACAACAUUUUUUGUAUUCCCUGAAGUCUUGUUUGCUAUCCUUAUUGUCUGUUCUGGGAGCUUAAUGGUCAACAUUUUGUAUAGGCACAAGCAGCGGGUUCAACAUAUCCACAGCACUUAUGCUCCCACCAGAACAUCGCAUGAAUCAAGAGCCACUAAGAACAUUCUGGUGCUAGUGUCACUCUUUAUUGGCUUUUAUUCGCUCUCCUCCAUCUUACACACUUGUGUUGCUCUUUUUUGCGGUGCUGGCUGGUGGAUGAUUAACAUCACAGUCAUCAUUCAUCUGUGUUUUCCUACUUUGGGACCCUUUAUUGUGACCCAAGACACUGCUUUGCCCAGAUUCAGCUUAUCCUGGAUAAGAAAUACAGGAAGAACAUAA